CAGCAGAGCCCGGCCCCCAGCCCCACGCCCGCCACGCCGGCACCCCCCGUGUACUGUAACGCCCCUCACGCCGCUCCCGUCACCGCCGGGAUGUUCCGGUCGCACGGGGCCAGCACGCAGACGGUGAACAGCAGCGUGGUCUCCUCCUGCUCAGAGGUGGACUGUGGUUCCCGCAGCAGCAGCUCCCCGGGCAGCAGUCCGGCCCCCUCGGCCCGAUCCCGCAAGCCCGGGGCGGUCAUCGAGAGCUUCGUCAACCACGCGCCUGGGGUCUUCUCAGGGACCUUCUCCGGCACUUUGCACCCCAACUGCCAGGACAGCAGCGGGCGGCCACGGCGGGACAUCGGCACCAUCCUGCAGAUCCUCAACGACCUCCUCAGCGCCACGAGACACUACCAGGGCAUGCCCCAGUCCCUGACACAGCUCCGCUGCCAGACGCAGUUCUCCUCCUCCUCCUCUUCCUCCUCCUCCUCGCCGCCUGCCUCUCCGGACCUCGCCACCAAAACUACCUCAGAGCCGCUGCCGGCGGCCGCCGCCCCCACCCUGCACCCCGUUGUCCAGUGCCAAAGCCAGAUCCGGAUGUGCAAGCCCAGUGGUGAGUCCGGCUGCCCUCGAGUAGAGAGGGGUUGGGGUUUGAGGUUGGUACCUCUUGGGGGUCCCUGGUCCAUAGCUGGGAUGAGCAGAGAGGGACUGGGAACUGGAUGAUUGACAGGUGUCAGUCAGGAGGGGCUGCAUGUUUGGGGACAAUCAGCAGCCCUGGGGACUCAGUGAGGUCGCCCCACCCACCCUGCAUUGUCAUCUCUGCCAAACCCUGUGGGGUCAGAGCAUCCCUGUGUGGGUGGGGAUGCGGGGGAGUGGCUGCGGUGUCCGUGCUGCCCUGGGAGCUCAGGGCCUGUCCCUGCUGUGUGGGCAGAGGUUUUGGGGUCACCCAGACUCUGGCUUCCCCUUUCCAAACCCAUCUCCCCAGACUGGGGAUGAAGGUGGGCCUGGCUGGGGCAUGGCAGCCACUCCCCUGGCAUUUUUGGGUGCACACCUGGGAGCCCUGGGGCCAGAAGGUGUCGCAGGCACCCGAGCUGGACCCUUGUGAUUUGCUUAGAGGAAAGAAGUGAAACCACCAGUGCUGGCUCAGCCCCCUCGGGGUUUGCACUCCCUUCUCUCCUUGCCUGGAGUGGUCCUGGUCCCUACAGGGGUGGCUUCAUGCUGG